AUGGCAAGGAAAACAAUUGUGGUCAUAGGCGCGGGAGUGGCCGGCCUUACCACGGCCUUCUUGCUGUCGAAGAAGGGGAAAUACAACAUCGUGGUCGCGGCCAAGCAUAUGCCCGGAGAUUAUGAUAUUGAGUAUGCUUCGCCCUGGGCCGGAGGAAAUUACAUGCCUGUUUCCGAACGUGGUACGCCUGCUGCAAAGUGGGAUAGAGACACCUGGGCGCCUCUCGAGGAUCUCGCACGUAACAAACCAGAGGCUGGGGUGCACUUCCAGGAGUGCGAGAUCUAUAAUCGCUCAAUUGACGCCAACUCAGCAACAGCAGCCUGGUUCUCUGAGUUGCUGUCGCCGAAUGCGUGGUUUCGGGACGUGGUGCCGAAUUUCUGCUCCUUACCCAAGGAGUCGUUGGACCCCUCUAUAUCGAAUGCCACCAAAUUCACAUCCGUGUGCAUCAACACAGCUAUUUAUCUACCAUGGCUUGUCUCCCAGUGUCUCGCGAAUGGCGCAGUCUUCCGGCGUGCUGUCUUUUCGCACAUUCUAGAUGCUACCUCGCCCACCAUCGCUGCGAAAGUCGACCUGGUAGUUAAUUGCACGGGACUCGGUGCUGCUAAACUAGGAGGUGUGGCCGAUGAAUCUGUUGUCCCCGCGCGCGGGCAGAUCGUGGUUGUGCGCAACGAUGCAGGCAAAAUGAUGAGCUUCUCCGGGACGGAUGAUGGAGAGGAUGAAGCCUGCUAUAUCAUGACCCGUGCAGCAGGCGGCGGCACCGUCUUGGGCGGCUGUUACCAGAAGGGUAAUUUUGAGAGCCAGCCGGACCCGAAUCUGGCAAUAAGAAUAAUGAAGAGGGCUGUGGCGGCGUGUCCAGCACUGACAGCUGGGAGGGGAAUAGAGGCUUUAGACGUCAUUCGCCAUGGAGUGGGACUCCGUCCAGUGAGAGAGAAAGGCACAAGAAUCGAGAAGGAAAAGAUCGGUGGGAUGUGGAUUGUGCACAAUUACGGCGCGGGCGGUGCAGGAUACCAGUCCUCGUAUGGGUGCGCACAGGCAGCAGAACGUUUGGUAGAGGAGGCACUCAGUGAGAGAGCAAGGCUGUAA